AUGGGGUUUCACAGGUCGUCCAUGAAUAUUGAGCUCAAGGAGGGCCAUAUCCUCACUGCAUACUGCGCCCGUCCAUCCGGGGAUGCCUGCUAUUCGGAAUUGGAUUUGAACGAAUUCCUCGGGGUCAGGAAGGGUAAACUCGCAUGGGGCUCCUCCGAUUUCUCCAAAUCCGCGGACAACAUCCACCUUGAAUGGGAGGGAGACAGCAAGCCCAAGAACCCGAUCCUCCGUGCCGAGCUAAUGGAUGGCAAUGAGAACCACGAUUCGUGUGUGAAUUUGGCGGAAUGCAUCAAGAACGAGGACGGACGUCUGCGAUUCAUGGAAUGUUUCUAA